CUUUCAAAAUCCUCCUCUCAUUUCCCGCCUCACUUUCUCCUUAAAAUCCACCCGCCUAUCCCUAACCCACAUUCUGACUUUCUCUUUCUGUAUCAUGGAGCGAAGAAUCCGAUCUUUACAGAGACAACAAUUGACCCGAUCCGAACCAUUCCUCAAGUACCUCAAACCUGGCGCCCUUGCCCGCUUGCGAGACUCCAAAAUCAGCGCUAGAUCGCAUAGAGUCAUCUCAAUCCCUCAGAUCUCCCCUCACCGCAUCUCUCUUACGUCACCUCCACCUUCUUCAAACGAUGAUCAGCCUCAGGUCAGCGUGAUCGAUGCCUUCCCGUGCUUCUCCGGGAGAAUGUACGGUCCACUGUGUCCUCAAAGGAAGAAACUAGUGGCGGCUAAAGCAAUCCUGUCUUUGAGCUCUCAUCAGUCAGGUCCGGGUUCUGACCUUCCCGAUCCGGUCAUUGAUGUAUUUAGUAGUGAUAGUAAUAUUGUUGCCGCUCAUUGAAGGAGUGAGAUACCUCUAUUAACCCGUGUUUGUUAAAUUUUUGUAUAAUUUAGACUUAGUGGAAUUUAGUUCAGAAAAGGUAAAAGGUCAUCCCGUCAUGGAUUGCUUGAAAAUUUUAUAUUAGAACUUGAAUCAAUAAAGAAAUUAUUAACUUUCGGAUUUA